UUCCGAAACGAAAUCGAGUAAUCAUAAACGAAAAAAUUGACGAUGCCGUCAAAAUAAGUCCGUGUUCAAGAUAAAAAUCGAAAUUCAGGAAAAUAUUUUCCACAAUUUUCAAAAAGAAUUGUUCACAUGUUGAAAAUAGUGAAAUAUUAAUUGGAAAUUUGCCCGAAAUCAAUAAGACAAGAGUAAAAGUAAAGUAAGCCAUUGUGCAUAAUUUACGUGACAGAACCAAGCAACGAAAAGAUAAAAAGCAGUGAAAGAUAAACGUAAAAAGAAACGAAUGCAGAAAUACAUAUAUAACUGCUAAUUAAAUAGUAAAUUAUUCAACAGUGUGUGACAAGAGAAAACCUUAGGAUUAACGGUAUAACAGUAAAAUAAAAUAAUAACAAAUACCUCUUAUGACUGGGGCUCACCCACAAUAGCUGCAACAACUGCAAAGCUGGAAUUACUUUCUUGUACUUUGGUCGCGCUUGUAAGCAUCCUGCUAAGGGCGAAAUACCUGACCGACCUUCAUUGAGUCGACGACGGCAACUUACGUUUGUUGAGAAAUCGUUUCGCAUUCCAAACUGAAUAAGGUCAUCCUUCAAACUAAAUUUCUAUAAAAUCCAAACUCAUUAACGGAUAAGCCAAGUUUUUCAUAUCGAUUUAAUGCAUCAGCGCGCAUUAAAUUUAUUUCAAGAGAAACUGAGCGAGAUAACAUCAAUAACAACAACACCAAAACUAAAGUGAAGUAAUUAUAGAGAUUCAUAGUAUUGAUGACGGCCUAGUAACACCGCAUACGGACGCGUAUCCCCGCAGAUCCACAAACACCUUUCGCACAGCAAAUCACCGCAACAUUGAAGUGUUGGUGAAGGGAAGAAAGGAACUCUUGAACACGACGAGCAAAUUGUAUUGUAAGUCUGCGCGCCUAAAUGUAUGCAAACAGAAUAUAACAAAUAGUCUAGAGUCACACGCACACACAGAAACGCUCAUAAAUGUGAUAAUUAAUAUUGUUGGUGGUGGUGAUGGUGCUUUCGUACGUGUUAGUGCAUUUUAACUGAAAACAAAGCGAGAAAGAACGAAAGAAAGAAAGAAAGAAAAAACGAGAGUCCCCAAUUAGCCAUUUAGAGCCUAUUGCUGUUCACUUUCGGAUCGAGCGCGCACGCAAGCUCACCACACAAUGGGUGCCAAUGUAUCGCAGCUGGAGCGCGAGAUCGGCUCGGACUUGUUUCCACCCAACGAACAUUACUUUGGUUUGGUCAACUUCGGCAACACCUGCUACAGCAACUCUGUGCUGCAGGCGCUCUACUUUUGCAAACCCUUCCGAGAAAAAGUGCUCGAAUACAAGGCGAAGAACAAGCGACCGAAAGAGACGUUGCUCUCUUGUCUGGCCGACCUAUUCUACAAUAUCGCCACGCAAAAGAAAAAGGUCGGUUCGAUUGCGCCAAAGAAGUUCAUUGCACGUUUGCGCAAGGAGAAAGAAGAAUUUGACAAUUAUAUGCAACAGGAUGCGCAUGAGUUCCUCAAUUUCCUCAUCAACCAUAUCAAUGAGAUCAUUUUGGCCGAACGACAUGCCACCAAGAAUGGCAACAAUAUAAAUGGUGGCAGCGCCGGCGGCGUUGGUGGCACCUCCACUGCCAGCAAAUCCUCUUCGUCCACUAGCACAUCGACAACUGCCUCGAAUUCAACGUCCAAUGGCACUUGCACCAAUUCGUCGGGUUCGCUGAAUGGUGUGGGCGUCGGCAUUGGGAUCAGCGACAAUGCUUCGACACCGACCCAAACGAAUGCCGCCAACACCGAACCCACUUGGGUGCAUGAAAUCUUUCAGGGUAUAUUGACGUCCGAGACGCGUUGCCUGAAUUGCGAGACGGUCAGUAGCAAGGAUGAGAAUUUCUUUGAUCUACAAGUCGAUGUCGACCAGAACACCUCCAUAACGCAUUGCUUGCGUUGCUUCAGCAACACCGAGACCCUUUGUUCCGACAACAAAUUCAAAUGCGACAACUGUUGCAGCUAUCAGGAGGCGCAGAAACGUAUGCGUGUCAAGAAGCUGCCAAUGAUAUUGGCGCUGCAUCUGAAACGUUUCAAGUAUAUGGAACAAUUCAAUCGGCACAUCAAAGUGUCGCACCGCGUCGUAUUCCCGCUCGAGUUGCGACUAUUCAACACCUCCGACGAUGCCGUCAAUCCUGAUCGGCUGUACGAUCUAAUGGCCGUGGUAAUACACUGUGGAUCGGGACCGAAUCGCGGGCACUAUAUUAGCAUUGUUAAGAGCCAUGGACUUUGGCUGUUGUUCGACGACGAUAUGGUGGACAAAAUUGAAGCAUCAACCAUUGAGGACUUCUACGGGCUAACAUCGGAUAUACAAAAGUCUUCAGAGACGGGUUACAUAUUGUUCUACCAGUCACGAGACUGCGCGUCCUCAUAGAGCGCGACUAGGAAUAAGAAGAGGUUAAGAAGAAGAAGAACAUUUAAUGAAUUUGUUGAUUAAAAAAAAAAUAUUGUUUGUUGUCAAAAAUUUUCCGUAGAGGAAAGAUGGUUUAGCGAAAGGAAGAACCAGUUAGUAAAAGAAAGUACGAACAAGUUAGUAAAGGAAAUUUCUGCAGACUAUGCUAAUAUCCUUACUUUUAAUUACAAAAUUAGUAGAUUCAGAAAAUUUGUUGAAAUUAGGUUAUUUUGUAGCAUACUUUUAGGAGGUGGAUGUUAUGCGUAUUCAAAUAAAAAGUUUACAGUUACAAUCUGACUUUUUUGGUUUAUCAGCAAACCGCAUUGUGGAAUUUCGGCAAAACAACUUAAGCCGACUUAACACUUUUUAGCUGUCAAGCUGUCAAGAAAAUUUGUUGAAAUCAGGCUAGUUUGUGGCAUACUUUUAGGAGGUGAAUGUUAAGGAUAUUCAAAUAAAAAGUUUACAGUUACAAUCUGACUUUGUUGGCUUAUCAGCAAACUGCAUUUAUGGAAUUUCAGCAAAACAACUUAAGUCGACUUAGCACUUUUAACUGUGAAGCCUCAAAUUUCAGCACUUUAAAGUAAUAUUUGGUCUAUUAAUUAAACAUUUCUGUGGCUUAAGAAUCCGGUGUAAGAAAAAUUAAUUAAAACUGUUAAAUAUUUCUAUAAAAAAUCCAGAUUCAUUGAUUCCAAAGCAAAACUACAAUAGUUAAAUUGGAAUUAAGUUGUUUUGCAAAAAGUCUACAGUUGUGCACAGGAUGGUUCGUAUAGCGAUUUUUUUUUAAUUUUGAGCUGAGAUUUUGGCAAAACAGCUUAAGUCGGCUUAACACUUUUUAAUUGUCAAGCCUCUAAAGCGAUUUUUAGUUUAUUAAUUAAACAUUUCUGUGGUUUAAGAAUCCAAAAUUAAUCAAAAGUGUUAAAUGUUUUUAUGAAAGACCCAGAUUAAUUGAUUCAAAAUCUAAACCAGUCAAAUCGGAAUUAAGUUGUUUGGUAAAAAGUCUACAGAUAAGUAUAUCAUAUAGCGAUUUUUUUCUCAUUUUGACAGCUAAAAGGUGUCAAAUCCGUGAGAUGAGUCAGGUACGACAGAUGUGUCAAAAAGUAAAUAAAAAAAAUUCAUUGAAAAAUUUGAUUUCCUUAAUUACAGCCAAGCUAAAAUAAUAUCCGUCAAAUUUCAGAUGCGUCAGAAAUUAAAAAAAAAAAUUAUUGCAAAUAAUUUUUCUAAUUUUAGCCGAAUUUAAUUUAAUUCCAAGUCUCUGAAAGAAAUAUGCAUUAUUUGCAUAAGAAAUAAUAGCAUUCAAGCCACUAGGCGAUUUUUAAGCUGUUCCACUGUUGAAUAAAUCCCUGUUUUUACCUCACACAUCAUAAAAGUAUGCAACACUAUGAUUGAUUGUUUUUUUUUAAUUAGACACUUGCACUGCUGCACUCAACAAUGUUCGAUGUGGUGAUGAGACCUAUUGGGAAUAUCCCGAAAAAAUUGUAUUUUAUGGCAGGUUCACUCCUUAAUUUAGAAAAAUUUACGCUAGCAUUUACUACAUAGCGGGUCGGAGGCGCUUAUAAGGCUACACUCGUGCUGAAAUAUUUCUGUUUCCAAUUAUUGUAUAAUUAUGAGCUAAUUGUAAUCGUUUUCGAUUAAUUACGUUUAGUUAGUCUGAUUUGCAGUUUCACUAUGUUCACUUAUUUUAGCAAAUUAAUUAUUUUUCUUCAAAUGAAAUAACUGUUUCAUAGUCCAAACUACUAUGCACUUACCUAUGUAUACAUGCACAUUAGGGUGGGUGAUUUUUUUUUUAUCAACAUCAUUUUUUAGCAGAUUCGGAUACUACAUGAGAUUUUUAGAAAAAAAGGCCACUAGACGUAAGAAAAAAAGUUCGCCAGAGCUAAGAAAUAAAGUCCGCCAGAGCUAAGAAAAAAGUCCACUAAAGUCAACUUCACAAGCUCCCCAAAUUUUAAAGCAGCUGCCUUUAAUGAACGCAGUUAAUAUGAAGAAUAAUAUUGUUCAUUGUAUCGAGAAUGUUUUUUUUUUUUAAUACAAACUUGUAUUUGGAAAUUUUUUGAUACGCAGAAUUUAUUUUUUAUAUCUAUUUUUUAUUUAAUGAAGCCCGUGAUGGCGCUACCAAGCAAAUUAUAUAUAAUUUUUGAAUAUGGUAUUAUUUUAUUUAUUUAAUUAAUUUAAAAAAAAAACAUGUUGCUAAUCAUUAAUCUUUUUUUUGCAUUUGCAAUUAAUUAUUAUGCGUUUAUGUGCAAUAGGAAGUGUAUUUUUUGUACUUUCCAUCUGCAUUGCAACUCCCUCUCAAUUUUCGCAAUUAUUCAAGUUAGCUUCUCUCAAAAUUUUCAGGCGCUCGAAAUUGACUUUAGCGCUAUAUUCUGUGGUUUUUUUCUUAGAAUUUUAUGUAGAAUGCGUAACUGCUAGGAACGAAGUCGCGAAAAAUCGUUCCAUACAUAUUGGCCCACCCUAAUAUCCACAAAUUAUUGUCAAUCAUGUUUUUUUAGAUGCAAAAAAAAAACGAAAAAAAAUUACAAAAAAAAUUUUCACAAUAAAUAUGUAUACCUAAAUUUAAUCCUAUUAUAGUAUGUAGUUGCGUAUGACUAUUGAUAACAAUUAUAUACAUAUGUACAUACAUACAUGCUUAGUAUAUACAUACCUUAAAAACA